AUGAUUAAAAGUUUUUCUGUAUUUAUAUUUAUAUCACUAAUUUUUAAUUAUUAUAAUUAUAAUUUAUAUCAUUUGCUAAAAAAAAAAAUUACAAAUUGUUUAAAUUUCUACUUUUUAAUUACUAAAAUGGAACUUUAUAAUCAUAGAAGUAAAAUAUUAUUUUUUGCAUUUUUAAUUGGUUUUUUUUUAAAAUUAUACAUUAGAAAUCCUAAUCCAACUGAUGAAGUUAAAGGUUUUCAAAUUGAUAAACUUUCAAAGGUUAGACCACUUUUUAAAAAAUUAUUAUAUACAGAAAGAGAAGGUGCUUCAAUAGCUGUUUAUCAUAAAAAUAAUCUUGUUCUCCAUCUUUAUGGUGGUUAUGCUGAUAAAGAAUCUAAUAGAGAAUGGGAGGAAGAUACACAUACAGUUGUUUUUUCAUUAUCUAAAGCAGUAACAAGUAUGAUUAUAUCACAUUUAGUUAGUAAAAAUUUAAUAACAUAUGAUACAAAAAUAUCAUCUAUAUGGAAAGAAUUUGGUUUACAUCAUAAAAGUAACGCUACAUUAAGACAUGUUUUAGAUCAUGAAGUUGGUUUGAUAACUUUUGGUGCUCAUUUAACAUUAGAUGAUUUGAUGGAUGAUAAUAAAAUUAGUAAAAUUAUUGAAGAAGCUAAACCAUUAUGGCCUGUAGGAAGUACCACUGCUUAUCAUGCAUUAACAAGAGGUUUUAUUUUAAAUCAAAUUGUUAAAAGAAUAGUUGGUAAAAGUAUAGGAAGAUAUCUUAAAGAUAAUAUUAUUUCAAAAAUUCAAUAUCCUGAAUUUUAUAUUAGCUUACCAGAAAAGGUCAACCAACAUGUUGCCAGAAUUUCUAAUCCACAUGUUAUUGAAUCAAUAUAUGAAUGGGCAUUACAUCCUUUAACUUUCCUUAAAUUAGUAUAUAAUUUUUUCAAAUAUAACAAAGUAUCUGAUAUUGCAUCAAAUUAUCCGGAACCUUUAGCAAUUAUGAAGAAUUAUGUACCAUAUAAUAAUCCUAAAAUAUAUAAACUUGAAGUACCCAGUGCAAAUGGUAUUGGAACAUCUCGUGGUCUUAGCUCAUUAUUAUCAUAUUUUAUUACAUCAGAUUUAAUAACCCCUGAAGUAAAAAAAAUGAUUGAAAGACCAUUAAAAUAUGUUGAUGAUAAGGUUCUUGUUAAUAAAAUUUAUCGUGGUUAUGGAUUUACUUAUGAUAUACAUCCACUUAAUUCAAAUAAAUAUAUUAUGUCAUUUGUUGGUAAUGGAAUGCAAGUUCUAGAUGUUGAUUUAAAUAAUGAAAUUGUAAUAUGUUUAUUAAGAAAUGGUUUAAGACCAGGAUUACAAGGACAUUCACAAUAUAUUGGAAUUCGUCAUGAAAUUUUUAAAUCUCUUUCUAAUAACUUAUAA